AUGUUACCUGGAGGUAAUUUAUAUGGUAUAUAUUGGUUAAUUGUAUCAUCAUAUUUUCUUGGUUGGAGUCUUGCAUACAUACCAUCAUUAAAUAUACCACCAGUAUUUGGUAUGUUAUUAUCUGGUAUUCUAUUUCGUGCUAAUAAUUUUAAUAUUCAUGAUGAUAUCAGUAGUGAUAUUAUUGGAAAAAUACGUACAUUUUGUGUGUCAUUUGUUAUGUUACGUGCUGGUUUACAAUUAACAACAACAGCUAUUAAAAAUAAUCCAUUGUUUUUAAUUAAACUUGCACUUAUACCUUGCACAUUUGAAUUUUUAACAAUAGCAUUUGUAUCAAGAUUUAUACUUGAUUAUCCAUGGAGUUGGGCAUUUUUAAAUGGGACAAUUGUGGCAUGCAUGUCACCAGUUGUAACUGUCAAUUGCAUACUUGCACUUGCUGAAAAAGGAUAUGGUGAAGAUAAAGAAAUAGCAACGUUACUUUGUACAGCAACAUCAAUCGAUGAUGUUCACAUAAUUUCACUUUUUUCAGUUUGUUAUUCAUUUGUCUUCAAAGAAGAUAAAAAUAAUGCUGGCUGGUGGACUUAUAUACCUGGUGGUUAUCGUGAUCUUAUUUUGGGUCUAUUAAUUGGUUUAUGUUUUGGUUUAUUAUAUACAUUUGUUCCACAUAGAAAUGCAAAUUAUGUUUUUUGGUAUCGAUUAUUUUUUAUUGUUAUAACAUCAAUAAUGUUUACAACAGCAGCAAGUACAAUUGCAAUAACUGGUGGUGGUUAUUUAGCUGUUGUUGUUAUGUCAUUUGUAUCAGCAACUGGAUGGCGUUUAUUAUCUGGUAUAACAUUUGAUAUAACACCAUUACGUAUUGCUGUUUAUUAUUUAUGGCAUUUUAUUCAACCUGUUUUGGUUGGUAUUAUUGGCGCUGAAAUUGAUCUUCAACUAUGGUCACCCAAGAGAUUUUGUCUUCAUGUUCUUUGUAUACUCUUGGGACUUUUCGCAAGAAGUGUAUUUGCUGUUUUAUCUACUUUUGGAAUGACCUUCAAUAUGAAAGAACGAAUAUUCGUAGCUUUGGCUUGGUUGCCAAAAGGAACACUACAGGCAGCCUUAGCACCAAUGGCUCUUCAACAUGCACGUGAAACUGGUGAUGAAAAUGAUAUAUCAUUGGCAAUUGACAUUGUUAGAAUAUCGGUUAUUUCAAUAAUAUUAUUAGCACCACUUGGUGCUAUUUUAAUGAUGAUAUUUGGACCAAUAUUGUUGAAUAAAAUUGAUGAAAGUGAAAUAACUCAACGUAGACAUUUGAGUAUAUUACGAUGGACAAGCUUACAGCCAGUUAGACGUGAUUCAACAAAAGAUUUAAUAAGAGAAUAA